GUGACAGCAUGACUGAGAAGAGGCACUAACAUCUGAGUAACUCCAGACACCACACACAGAAAGAGAACAGGUGCAUCUAGAGCGAAACCAAUCAGAAAAGUCACACCUGGUGAAAAUGGAGUCUGCUUUCUCACGGGUGAUUUGGGAACCUGAGGGAGAAGCCGAAGAGCUCUCUCCAAGAAGUCUGGGAUCACGUCGCAAACGGGAAUUCAUACCCGAAGACAAGAAAGACGCAAACUACUGGGAGAAACGCCGCAAGAACAAUGAAGCGGCGAAGCGCUCACGAGAGAAACGAAGGGUGAGUGACUAUGUUUUGGAGACUCGAUUGGUUUCGUUGAGCGAGGAAAACGCUCGUCUGCGAGCUGAGCUCUUGGCUCUGAAGCUUCGAUACGGUUUGCUUAACCCUGGGACGCCCUAUACCCCAUCUCAAAGGGCUCUGUCUCAUCUUCACUCUUUGGCACCACAACCCUUGGUUUCUUGCCCAGACAAAGACCUCUACUGGGGUAGACGGCAAGAUAGGGAGGCUUCUAAUCUAAUGGGGAACCAACAAGCACCCGUCUGUCUUGGCACCCACCCCGGGUCGGCAUUCCUGCCAACGCAUCCUAUGGCCAUACGAAGAAAUCACCCAUAUCUCCUAGACUUCCCCAGUCUCCAUUCUUCCACAGCUGCACCUUUACUCUUUCCUCCAUGCCUCACCCCAUCAGCAGCAUCUUGGGCAGGACGGCCCCUGCUGUCCCAGCCUGGGAAUCAGAGGAUCUUGUCGGACGAGGAGGGCGAGCAGCAGGUGCCAGCGGAUUCCAGCACCGCCCUGCCCCAUAAACUACGACUGAAGACGCAAAACUCUCAGCGCAAAGAUAGCAGAGCUAAAUCUGCAUCUCCAAAUCCAACAUACAUAUCAGAUUGAAAUCUAGCUUUGACUCAGUAGUUAUGAGUCAUCCUACUCAUUAUUGAUAACUGAACAUUGGCUACAUUCCAGGAAGUUUGUUGCAAACCAUCAUGAUAAAAAAAAAAAAACAAUUUCUUUGAUCAAAAGGUCACACAUUCAGAUAAACUUUCCGAGAUACAUUUAAAGAGUCAAUAUUUCCAUCACUGAGGUUUAAAGUGGCAAAUUUAAAUUGGGAUGAAGAUGCACAUGUGUUUACUCAUUUUUGUUUUACCUUUAAUAUAGACAGGAAAGUAGGGAGUGAAAGAGAACAGGAUUUUUGUGAUAGACCAAAGUUGGACUAGAACCAUUCACUCUGCCAUAUCUUUCACAAUCACUUCUUUUGUGAAUGCAUUUAUGUAUGCAUUUACAUUUAUGUAUUUGGCAGAUGCUUUCAUUCACAAGCGACUUACAUUUCAUUCACAUUUCAUCAUUCAUGCAUUCCCUGGAAAUUGAAGCUUGGUGUUGCUAUUGUCACGAUCCACUGUUUGAUCUAAAGGAAUGCUACCUCCUUGUUUAAUUCAGAAUAUAACCGAUGUCUGAUUUAAUUCCGCCUCUGGAGUCAGACUGACAUUUACACACUUGACAGAUGCUUUAAGCAACUUACAUUGCAAACAAACUAUACAUUUGAUCAUUUCAUGCAUUCCCUAUUAAUAAUGCAUUGUAUUACUGAUUUGGGCUACGGAAUGGUUACUUCUGAGUCCUCAUAGCAGCUAUUAACAAAAUUAAUUAAAAACAAAACAAAAGGCAGAACUGAAAAAGAAGCUGCACAUGCUAAAAUAUUGUGUGUUAUAAUCCAAAAGAACACUGCAAACUAAUACUGAUGCCAUCUCUUUGCAGUUACUUUCAAAAUGUGAAUAUGUGUGUCUGAGAAGCCAAAGACAGUAACUUGUUAACCAGCAAUCAGAUGCAUGCAAAUGAGAACAAAUGAGUUUUUAGGGAAAAUCACCUCACCUCAAAA